CGCGAAGAUCCAGGAUUCCUACAACGUUUCUGCACAACAUCUCUCAACUGACUGGUUCCUGGACCCCACACCUGGGAUGCACCAGGCUUACAGCACUGUACCGACCAUGCGGUUCUUGGUUGAAGGGGUCGACUUACCCCACCUCCCUCAAUCCAAGGUAUCUUGGCGCGUGUUAUUUCUCGCGUGAGUUCUCUGCAAAAUUCCAGGCUGCUACUCUUGGAUGGUUUUUAUGAAGGUGCUUCAUUCUCCAUUGUCCUUACUCAUUGCUUCCUCAGUGCUCGCGUCCCAUCUCGACCCCCAGCGUCGCGAGCUCCUGAGGUUGCAUGACCGAGCUUCGCUUCACGGCUGGUUUCACUCUCAUCAGGAUACAUUGAGCCCCAAGGUUAAUCUCAUCACCAAUCAUGUCGAACAGCAAAGACGACCAGCCUGGCCCACGCGAGCAGGAAAAUGAAGCCGGCGGAAAGGCGUCCGAGGACUCUACCACUGUCGGUAGCUCUGUUCGCUGGGAGGACAUCUUGGCCCUACAGGAUCUCGACCCCGCGCUUGAUAGAAAGAUGCAUCUGCUCAAUAAUGCCAUUGACGACCUUGGCUGGACCCCAUAUCAUACCAAGCUGUUCUUCUUGAAUGGCUUUGGGUACGCGGUCGACUCGCUCAUCUUACUCCUCCAGUCCGUGAUUGCAGGUCCUGCCUUCCGCGAGUUUGGUGAAGUUGGCUACCCGAGCGCAUUGACGAUAGCCGUUUAUGUUGGCAUGCUCGCAGGCGCCUUGUUCUGGGGGCUAGGGGCCGACAUCAUUGGCCGUCGCCACGCUUUCAACAUAUCUCUGAUGAUAUGCUCCAUCUCGGCCAUCAUUGCAGGGGGGAUGGUCAAUUGGGCGUCCCUCGGCCUCUUCGUCGCGUUAAUAGGUUUUGGCGGUGGCGGCAAUCUCAUCUUGGAUACCACAGUUUUCUUGGAGUAUCUUCCCAGCGACAAGCAAUGGGCUGUGACACUCCUGGCCGCUUGGUGGGGACUCGGGCAGGCUGUCACGGGCUUCAUCGCCUGGGGUUUCUUGGUCCCUGAGCAGUGGAAUUGCGCAUCAGUCGAGACUUGCACCAGGGACAACAACAUGGGGUGGCGAUACGUGAUGUUCACUAGCGGCGCCCUCGUCUUCGUCAUGUCAAUUCUCCGUCUCACAAUCAUCCGGCUCAGGGAGACACCAAAGUACCUCCUCGGCAUGGGCCGGGACGAAGAGGUUGUGGCCACUUUCCAGUUUCUUGCAGAAAAGUACAACCGGCCCUGCCACCUGACGGUCGAGAAACUAGACGCCUGCGGUGUCGUGACGAGCGCGCACAGCAAGAACCGCUUCUCACUCGCCGAAACGUUAGUGCAUCUCCGGGGGCUUUUCGCCACGCGGAAAAUCUCCAUCUCAACCGCCAUGAUCUGGGUUUCCUGGGCCAUGGUUGGGCUGGCGUACCCGCUCUUCUACGUCUUCCUGCCGACCUACCUCGCCUCGCGGGGUGCAUCGCUGGAUGUGUCAACAUUCGACUCGUGGCGGAACUACGCCCUGACCAACAUCAGCUCCAUCUUCGGUCCCGUGCUGGCGGGAUGGAUGUGCAACCAGCCGCUGCUGGGGCGGCGGUACACGAUGCUCAUAGGCGCACUGAUGACGGCGGGCUUCUUCUUUGCCUACACAGCGGUGCGCACCGCCGAGCAGAACGUCGGAUUCUCGUGCGCCAUCGGAUUCAGCUUGAAUGUCUACUACGGCACGCUGUACGCCUACACUCCCGAGGUGCUGCCCAGUGCGCACAGGGCGACGGGGAACGGGGUGGCUGUGGCGUGCAACAGGGUUAUGGGCAUCCUUUCGGCCGUGAUUGCGACUGUGGCGGAUACGUCGACCAGCGCGCCGAUUUAUAUCUGUGGCGGGCUGUUGGUGGCAAUGGGCCUUGUUGCGGCCGUGUUUCCAUUUGAGCCGUACGGCAGAAGAAGCUCGUGAGGGGUAUGACUGACGCGGUUCGAUGGGCAGGGAUGGCAGGAAGCGGAUGAACAUUGUUGUCCUUUCGUUGGCGAUGGAGUAGGAUAUGGUGUUGGGAGUUGUGGAUGGGGGUUACCACAGGUAUAGAUGCAUAGCGAGCGGCAUUUGCUUCAACGCCAUACUGUGCCAAACCAACCAUGGCAAUAUCAACUCUUGCCUCUUAUGGAGGGGUUUCACCCCUAUCUGCCCUCGGCCAUUACCUCUAUUCUGUCUCAAGAAAAUGGACACCCACAAGUUUAUGGUCCAGGAGACCAGGACUACGGACGAGGAUAUUGUUUGUAGGGUCCAUACCAGAUGAAUAUCCUGUGGUAGAUAUCACCCUGGAGCUAGUACCAGCAAGGCACUACAAUAGCUUACGUUAUACGACGCAUGCAAAGGAGGGAUGUUUGUAAACCGAGCC